CGCAGUUGGCGGGCGGCGUAUCGUAAUCAUGGUAUCUUGGUUACGUCACGCGACAGACCCUGCAAAAUGAAUUCGCAUGUGAUUGCUUCCAAAAACCCGAGAAGCCAUGCUCUGUCCGCCGCGCCGCCAUCAGCCCUCCUAUCUAGACACUCGGUCGUCAUCUCUUCGCUGUUCUCAGAUUCAAUGCGGGGGAUGUGCAUUGUGCGCUUGUCUGAGUGGAUCUGGCUACCUGUUAUAAUUUCCUUUUCCUGAACUUCCGAGCCGACUCUGUGUCCCAUCUUCUCUUUUUCCUACCAUUUCCAUGUCCUGAGCAAGUGCCCGCUUUGAGCUUCUUCAAUACACAGAGGACCUCUAUACGCAGCGCACUCCAACGGUCGACGUCGACCUUGAGUCUCGGGUCAACAUAACUUGGACAUUUCUUGGAUUAUCUUCCACGGCGCAUCAGAAAGCCGCAUAUUCGGUCACGGGUUCCCUGCUGGUCAAGGCAUGCUAAGGUCGUCGCUGUCUGUGCUGCUUGCGCCUCGCCGGAGCAGAUGCCGUUGAAUCUUAAUCGCAUAUUUGCAACAUCUUUCGCGGAGAACACUUUCUCUUUUUGCUUAAACCACUAUCAUCAUGAUGAGUAUCAAUACCACAAAUGGCACUCAGGGCCAGAAUGGGCGGAAUAAUGGGCCUGCCCCGUUUGGUUAUUCAUUCCCUGAAGAUAUACCAUUCGAGCCUGCUCCAGCAUCGCCACUCGGACCAGCGCUCCUCGACGAUAAUGAAUCAUCUAUGCUCGAUAGCUUUUUCACCACCAUGGGUGCAACUCAGAAUCAGAGCGACUUUUGGUUUACGGGUCAGCAGAAUGAAACGAACACUUUUGGAUUGCCUGGGUUCGACUGGUCAACCGAACUGCCUCCAACCUUCGAAGGCUCAACAACCUCUCUUCCACAGUCAUCAUUUCCUCAAAAACCCUUCGGCCUUCUCCCAGAUCACUCGCAUCAGAACUCGGACAUAGUUGCUGCGGCUUCGAUGCUUUAUCAAAAUGGAGCAAAUGGGCCCGAGAUCAGCACCACCUUUGGUAGCCAACCACUCUCAGCCUUUUCAAAUAUGGACUAUCCUCUACUAAAGACGAGUGGGAAAGACCGAAUGCAAAACGGUCACCCACCCGCCAAGCGGCCCAGCACUUCCCCUCGGACGCAUCUUCCCGUCGGUUUCCAUACUACGAAAAUGUUCUUCGAUGUCCACGAACCGAUAUCCGCAGAGCAACAACUGUCUACAAAAGGCCGGCCGCUUCACUGGGGCUCGGAUUCGAGUUUCAUGGACCAAGGAUAUGUGGCGCCGCCAGAUCAACCCGAUGAGGAACAAAGGACGAAAGAGCUGCUGGGUAACCUAGAGUGUCUGGAACCACAAAGCAGCGCUGCCAAUACCCGGGCGCCCACCCCAGAUCGCAUCGUCAGCCACCACCCUGCUCCAUGGGUAGACACUGGAGCAGUCAAUCAUCUCAAUGGACUACGGAGAGAUUACGUCGAUAGUAUGGAAGACCAGUCCCAUCCAAAGAAGAAGCAAAGGCUUUCGAUCAAGGAAGAGGAUGACGAGAUGUCCGACGACGAGAGCUCGAGACACCGGUCGAAGCGUCCCAAGGGCUCAAGCAGGCGGAUGUCAAAUGACGCGACUCGAAAGUCGAGAGCCUCUCACAGUUCAAAAGCCCCAAGGGAGAAUUUGACUGAAGAGCAGAAGCGAAGCAACCAUAUUUUGUCGGAGCAGAAACGGAGAAAUCUCAUUCGACAGGGCUUUGAAGACCUGUGCACUCUUGUUCCCGGCCUGAAAGGCGGCGGCUUCAGCAAAAGUGCGAUGCUCACUCAAGCCGCUGACUGGCUAGAGGAGAUCUUACGUGGCAACGAGAUCUUGAAAGCACAGCUUGCAGAUUUAAAGGGCAUGAAUGGCUUGGUAAUGCCGCGUUGAAAAUGACGCCUAUGUCGCAAUGAUUUUUUUUAUCACUUCCUCCACGAAAUAUGGUCUCAUUGAUGAUUGAAGCGGUUUAGCGGCCUGGUUGGACGCAGGUUGUGUUGGCGGGGUUACAGGCGUUCUAUGCGGCACUCAUGGUCUGGUUUGGACACUAUACCUGCCACUUUAAUACCCAUUCGACUUCCCUUUGUACUAUUGAUAUAUAGGAUUGCUUUAUCCCAUCGGGUUGGGCCGAACAAUACCACGCUUAUCGUGGGCUACAUAAAUACAACGUAAUGUUUGAUACAUAGUUAGAGAAGCCCGUUGACAUCAUCUCUCAGAGCUUUAUCGGCCCUUUUAGAUCUGCAGAACAUGUGAAAAUCACAGAUAACGGUCGAGCUAAGCAGAUCUGGUCGUGGUGUUGAUUCG